GGUGCUAUCUCGAGGUCAAGAUUAUGCACUGUUGCCAAGGCCCACACGCGGGCAAGACACGACCCACUGAUGCAGUCCCAGUUUGCGAAGGCUGCCACAAGCUCGUCUAGCGUCAUCCAGGCUGCACCAGAACCCGCUUGCGUCGCCCCUGUGGCGCCGUCGAGCACGCACACCACCCAACUCUUUGACUUGUACGAGGCCCACGGCGUCGACGGGUCCCGAGCCGAGCAGCACACGCUGUCGACGCACUGUUGCGGUGCAUGGCCGCGGCCGCUAGCGACGGCAAGGAGGCCGCCACCAUAUGACGGUCGCCGCGGGCCUUUGCGAAAAGCACCUGUUUCUAGCGUGUCCUGGUCGGCGAGUGCCACGUCGGUUCGAAAGCCGGCGCCAGCAAAGGUGGCACAGACGCGUCAGGUUCGCCCGCAGCGCCUCUCGCACCUCAGAGCCACCUCGCGCCAAGCGUCCCAUGGACCUAGAGCAUCGUCUGCAUCCCCGAGGCGGCUGUGGUGCGUGGCAUGGCACGGGCCUGUCGUGGCGGCGAAGGCGUCCGGUCGUGUGACAGCGAGUAACGAAAGUCGUUAUCCGGAUAGCAGCCAUUUUGAGGCAGCAUUCUACUCUUUGAUUGUGGCUGAUUCCAAGAGAAGAAGCAGACAAAGGAGACCGUGUCCCCUUCGUAUACCUCUUCCUCCUCCUCCGACGACGACUCCUGCAUGAGUGCCAUCGACAAGGAGGAUGACAAGCGCCCUUCGGACGACGACACAACGACGUCGACGUCCCCCGAUGUAGUAGCGGCGACCGAGGACGUGCUCCAGCUGCGCAUCACGACGACGCUCGCCGGACCGAACGGCCCGUCGUCGACGACCUCGACGUCGGCCAUGUCGCUGCCCACAUCGGCGAGUUCGUCGCCCGACAGCACCGCGUCCGCGGCCCACGCCGCCGACUACGAGACGACGCUGCCCGCGCCGCUUCCGAGCGCGGGCUCUAUGAAGCGCACUAGCAGCGCCAAGGAAGCACCCACGUCGUCUGGACUCACGCCGCCGCCGCUCAACCGAUCUAAGACCACAUUCGAUGGGCCGCAGACGUCGCCGACGUUGUCACCGGCACUGCAAUCGUCGACGUCGGCGACGACACCAACGUCCGCGUCGUACUCGAGCUCGACGCUUCAGAACCAAGUCGAGAUUUCGUCCGUGGUGCUGCCGCCGGAUGCGAUCAAGGAGGUCGAGGAAGACAAGCACUCGCACACGGUCUUCUCGCUCGAGGUGCGUCUGGGGAGCGGCCUGCGCUGGAUCAUCGAGAAGCGGUACUCGGACUUUCGCGAGUUUCACGAGCGCAUGAAGAAGGCGAAUCCGGCCGUGCGCAACCUCACGUUCCCCAAGCGACAAAUCUUCCGCAGCAAGAGCUCGGCCGUGAUCGAGCAGCGCCGAAGCGACUUGGAGAAGUACCUCAAGGACAUCCUUGGCGUGACGCCGCUCAUGAAGGUGCCCAUCUUCAACUUCCUCUCGGUCUACGCGCACCUCGAGAGCUAUGACCGGAAGAAGCGCCGGCAGCAAAAGGAGAUCGACCUCCGGCGCAUGAAGAACCUCCUCCCGUCCGACGAGCUCGACGACAUCCAAGCAGCCUUUACCCGUCUCUGCUCGAGCAAGCACUUUGCAUCAUCGUCGGAUGAGAGCAACGACAACAAGCCGUCCGAGCCCGCGUCGCCCGCGCCCACGUCGGCGCCGUCGCUCCAAGUGACAGGCCCACUCUCGACGCAAGGCUCGAUGCUGCAGCUGCUCGACCCAAAGGAGAACGUGUCGAUCAACAAGACGGCGUUCCGGCGCGACGUGCUCAGCGUCUUCCCCGACAUGCCGUCGACGUUUGCGAUGCGGCUCCUCAAGGGCAUCUCGGACAAGCAGCACAGCGACAUCUGCAUGGACGAGUUCGUGCGCGCGAUCGCGAUCCUUCGCCACGGGUCGGUCGAGGACCAACUCGCGUUUGCAUACCAAAUGUGCGACCACGACCACAUGGGGAAGCUCCAGAGCACAGGGCUUGGCAACCUCUUGAUCUGCAUUUACGGCCGGACGCUCGCCGACAAGCCCGAGUACAAGCGCCUUCUGAACGAAGUGUUUGACUAUGGCCGCGUGCGUCUCGGGCUGCUCGAGUUUGUCGCCGAGAUCCAAAAGCAGCCGCUUGUCGGGCUGCUGAUCGACUGGAUGCCGCGCUUCAUGGACGUGCUCUGCGAGUCGGCCGACCCCAAGUUGCUCGAGCUCCAAGAAGAGUACAACCCCGUCGUACAGCAAAAGAUCCUCGAGGCCGAAACGCUCUUCAGCAUCAAGGAAAUCGGGCUGCUCCAAGAGGCAUUCCACGCGUACCGGUCGUCGUCGCCGGACGAGGCCAUCGAUGUCGAAGCGCUGACGAGUGACUUCCCGCUCGACAUGUCGGACGCGCGCCUUCUCACGCUCUUUGCGUCGUUUGGGCCGCGCGCCAACGGCGUCGACGUCGACGUCUUUUCGUUUGUUCAUACGCUCUCGAUCGCGUGCCGCGGGUCGACGGACGCCAAGAUGCACUUUGGCUUUGCCGUGUUUGCAUCCGAGUCGACGCUCAACCACGAAGACCUGUUUGCGAUGCUGCAGCUCGAAGUCCUCCAGCACACGCCCAUGGCGAGCACGAUCGAGCAUUACAUGCAGACAGAAGCGACCGAGAGCGCUCGGCGUGAUGUGCUCUCGAGCGCGCAGCUGGGGCAGUACGUCGACCACAUUCUCGAGGCGUUUGGCGCCAACGGUCAGCUCACACUCGAGCAGUUUUGCGCGUGGGCGACCGCGGUGCAGUUUCGCAUCGCAGCCCUCGACCGCAUCAAGCAGACGGUGUUUGUGCAGCUCGGUCUUAUCCCGAUGAACAAGCAAGAGGAGAUUGAGGUCGCCAAGCUCUGCUACCGCGAGUACAACCCCGCCGAGCUCGUCGAAGACGACCAUUGGUACAUCCUCGAGCAAAGCUGGUACGACCAUUGGCGCAAGUACGUGGGGUUUGUGCCACUCGUGGCGCUGCGUGGCAACCCGGCGGCCCCGAAGAGCACCGCCGUCGUUGCGCCGAGUCCCGCAAAGCCUGGUAGCGCGCUUGGAUCGCCCGCCAGCAACAAGACUGGUCUUCUCGCCAAACAUUCGACCAAGACGCCGCCGCCGGUCUUGGCGCCCAAGGACGAGACGCCGAGCUCGAUUCUGGACUCGGACAAGAACGUGAUCCGGCCCAAGUACAUUGCGAAUGCGACGCUGCUCAACAAGGAGAAGGUGUUUGCGCCGAACGACGAGAUGCUCAUUGGGAAGCACUUUGUCGUCGUGCACGAGCAGCUCUGGCUCGGCCUCAAGCAGUGGUACGGCGGCGGCCCCGAGAUCAAGAAGACGGUGAUCGUGCUCUCGAACGGCCAGACGACGCUCAACCUCUGGAACUCGGAAGACGAGAAGGACGAAACCAAGCUCGACGAGCACGCGCUCGCGCUCGCGACCAAGCAGCCGCUGAGCGCGACCAACGGCCUCACCAAGCGCGUGCGUGCCGGCGCGUCGGUGGGCCUCGUCAACCUCGGGAACACGUGCUACAUGAACUCGGCGCUGCAGUGCAUUGGCAACACGCCGCUGCUCAUCGACUACUUCCUCUCGGGCAUGUACAUCCUCGACAUCAACCGCACAUCGACGCUGGGCAUGCAGGGCAAGCUCGCCGAGGUCUACGGCAAGCUCGCCGAAGACAUGUGGAGCGCCAAGUACAAGUCGAUUUCGCCGCGCGAAUUCAAGAAGACGAUCGGCAAGUUCAACGAGGCGUUCCGCGGCAGCGACCAGCAGGACGCGCAGGAGCUCAUCGCGUUCCUUCUCUCGGGCCUCAGCGAAGACCUCAACCGAAUCCUCGACAAGCCGUACAUUGAGCACCCGGACAGCGACGGCCGGUUCGACUCGGACCUCGCAGACGAGUGGUGGCGCAACUCGCUCAAGCGCGAGGUCUCGAUCAUCGUCGCGCUCUUCACGGGCCAGUACAAGUCGCUCCUCACGUGCUCGCAGUGCGGCUACAAGUCGGCGCGCUUUGAACCGUUUACGUUCCUCCAGCUGCCGCUGCCCGAGCCGACGCACAACAACGUGACGAUCCGGCUCGCGUUUGCAGCCGACCGCAUGCCGCUCAAGCUCUCGUUGCGCCUCCCGAUCGACGCGACGGUCUUUGACCUGAAGAAGCAGCUCGCCGACCUCUGCGUCGCCGAGUUUGAUCUGCCGACGACGACGGUUGCUGACAUCAAGAUUUGCGAGUUCCAGGGCUCGCUCAUCUUGGGCUUCAAGGCCGACACGCGCAAGCUCGCCCAGAUCCGGAGCAUCGACCGGCUGCUCGCGUUCCAGCUCGAGCCAUUGGCCCCGCGCGUGAUGGACAUGACGCGGUCCCGCCGGCCGUCCAUUCUGGCGGAGAUGCCGUCGGGGCAGCCGACGUCGUCGACGACCGACGGGCCCGUGUACGUGACGGAAGGCUCGCUCAUCGAAGUGCAACACAAGGGUGAGUACCUCCCCGCGACGAUUCUCAGCAUUGACACGCCCGAGUUUGUGCGUGUCCAGUACCGGUCGGGCGAGAUCGAGGCCGACGUGCCGCACUCGCGUCUGCGCCAGCGGCCGCCGCGUCUCCUCUACUGCCCUGUCGUCUCGCGCAAGCUCGGGUACUCGCCAGUGUACUUCAAGAACCCGUUCCGGCCCGUGCCAUUUGGGACGCCCGACCUCGUGCGCCUCUGCCCCGAGGUGACCACCGGCAUUGAUUUAUACACGAUGGUGUGGCAACGCGUGCAGCGGUACCUCAAGAAGGAGCUCUCGCCGCCGACAGAAGUGGCCGCGACGACCAACGAGAUUGUGGUGUGCGACUCGAUCGACGCGGUGUUUUGCCUCAAGGAUGUCCCGCACGGGUUUGUGCUUCGGCGCGUCGACGCCAAGGGCCUCACGGACACGCGUACGCCGUGGCUUGCGCGCAGCUUUGGGUCGACGAUCCCGUGCACCGACCAAAUGGUCGACCUUCUCGAAGACGAGACUAUUGCGAUCGACUGGGACGUCCAAGUGCUCCAGGAUCAUGUCGAUAUGGAUCUCAUGAAGGGCGUCGACAUGCAUGCGAGCGUCGCCAAGAACAACGCGCUGGACAACGGCCCCGUGCCGCUGAGCCACUGCCUGGAUGCGUUUACAUCGGAAGAGAAGAUCCAAGAAGGCUACUGCUCGAGCUGUCGGCAGCACCAAGAGAUGACCAAGAAGCUCGAAAUCUGGCGGCUCCCGCCUGUUAUGGUGAUUCAACUGAAGCGAUUUCAGUACACGCAGACGUAUCGGCGCAAGCUAGCGUCGCUGGUCCAGUUCCCCGUCCACGGCCUCGACCUCUCGUCGUGCGUGGCGCCGUUUGAAGAGUUCCCGACACGGUACCCCGAGAAGCUGCCGUCGGGCGACGCAACCUCGGCUGCGACCGAUCCCGCGGCCGCCGGCAGUGACGCCGCUGACGUGGCGCAAAACAGAAUACGCCGAGGAUACACCAACACGAACCUCGAGCAGUCGCGCUGCCUCGAGACGCACUACGACAUGUACGGCGUCGUGAACCAUCAAGGCGCGCUCGGCGGCGGCCACUACACAGCGUACGCCAAGAACAGCGUCGACGGCAACUGGUACUCGUAUGACGACGACCGCGUCCGGCUCAUCGAAGAGAGCAAAGUCGUCACGUCGUCGGCCUACUUGUGCUUUUACGUGCGAAAAGACAUGGACGACCUCAGCGUCGACACGAUCUUCCCGCCCAAGAAGGACGGCAAGAUCACUGAAGAAGACAUCAACCGGUUCGUCGAAGAGAGCGACAAGGGCAAGUGCGCCAUCAUGUAAUUUGAAAAUCUGCAAGUGUUAUUUGUGGGAAAUCAUAUUUCGCCUUCCAUGUUGCA